AUCAUCAACUUGAACCAAAAUCAUUCAAAACAAUAGGACCGAAAUUCCUUUACACCGUCGUUUUUACUGAAUCAAAUCGAUUGCGGUAAAUCUUCACCCCUUCUACGAAACAUCCACCACUCUUUCGAGAAAAAUCGCAUCUUCAAGAUACGUCAUAACAAUCAGCAACAAUCUUCUUGCACACUUUGCGACUUGUAAUAUUUAACCAACAUUGCAAAUUCAAAUACGACUCUUAUAACCAGAACGACUUCAAGAUGAUGAACCGAACAUCAGCGCCUCCUAGAGGUCCGCGAAACUCAUCUUCAAGUACAAGAGGUGGUGGUCGCGUGGGUGGUGGUGGUAUCACAAAGCGACGAGCUGGUCCUAUUCGAGUCGAUAAAGAUGGAGACUUAGAUAUGGAUACCACGACAGGCGCAAACGGUCGCAAAGGGGGAAAGGGUGCCAUCGGAGGUUCUGUUCCAACUGGACCACGCGGACAUGGACGGGGAGGUGCAAGAAAUACUGGCCGUGGUGGAGGAAGACUCGACGUCACACGAAAUCCGCAGGCCAUCCUUCGAGGCAUGGGAUCGCAAUCGCAACAAGCCAACGUAUUGGUGACUCUCUGGAUCAAAGGAUUGAAGGGGAGUAAAGCAGCUUCAAAUAGUGACCAAGGCCUUUCGUCCCUAGUAUCAUUCCUCGAACGCAAGGCCACAGCAUUGGACUCCAAAUCGAAGAGAAGUAUAAGAGUUAAAAAGUCACACAAGAAAGGUGACAUCGUUGUUAUCUCAGUUGCCCCGGAAGACGCAGCCUCUAUUAUGAAGCUGGAUGGUUUUGCAUUUGCUGGAUCAACAAUUGGCGUACAAGAUAGCGAGCCAUCGAAGACGUCGGAGAAGGCGGAGUCUGAGGAGGCUCGGUUAACUCGAGAGAAGAUCCAGGGAGUUCUUGCAGCUCGAUACGAUCCCAACCUCAAGCUUUUAAAUCUCUCAGCUUUGGGACAAGACGAGCAGUUGAAGCAGAUGGGAAUGUUCGAAGAUAAUACUCUUGUCUCGAAGCUUUUCCCAGUUUUGAUGGUCAUCUGCGACAAAUUAUUCACCACUCCACAAGCUAAGAAGGAUGCUAUAGUCAGCGUCACUUUGACCGACAACUCAUUGGCCGAUCUUUCAAACGUGACCUCCUUGGCUUCAACAUUUCCAGACUUAAAGAACCUGGAUCUUUCCAGAAAUCAAUUCACCGAUCUGGAAUCCCUGAAAUUAUGGCGCUGGAAAUUCCGUCACCUUGAGAACCUAGUUUUAUCAGGCAACCCUAUCGAAACCCUCGUUCCAGAUUACGCAACCGAUAUUGUACGCUGGUUUCCGGAACUUCAACAGUUGAGUGGUGUCCAGGUCAGAAGUGUUGCUCAAGUCCAUGCAGAUCUUGAGGCCAUUAAAUCACCAUUCCCAAUCGCUAGCCCAUCUUUCCGAGAUGUCGCACAAGUUGGGGAAAACUUUAUAAGACAAUUUUUCGGAGCAUACGAUAAUGAUCGCAAUGCUUUACUCACUAACUUCUACGAUGCCGAGUCUUCUUUCUCACUAUCUGUCAACAUGUCAGCAGUUCGAGAUCGCAACCAUUCAUUGCCUGUUCCACCGUGGGCAGCAUACAACAAAUUCAAUCGAAAUCUUGUCAAAUAUACACAUUUAUCUACUAGAUUAUCUCGAAAGUCUACUGGGUCUCAAGAAAUCCAAGCCAUCUGGAACGACUUACCUAAAACAAUUCACCCCGAGAUCGCCACCCGACCCGAACUAUAUCUUGUCGAAUGUCAGCCCCUUCCAGGUCUUCCUGAUCCUUCUGGACAGAGUGCCGCUGGGGUUGACGGUCUUCUCAUCGACGUACACGGUGAAUUCGAGGAGAAUAUUCCUAAUUUUGAAGGCAAAGCUCUCCGUAGCUUUUCGCGGUACUUCAUACUCGGACCUGGAGGGCCUAAUGGACCCCCUAUUAGGGUUCUUAGCGAUAUGCUUGCGCUUAGGGCUUGGAGUCCUUUGGCUCAGACGACUGCAGUUCAAGGACCUCAGCCGGUUCCGGUGCUUCCAAAUGUUCCUCAGGUUCCUAUUGUCGAUGCUUCACUCACGCCCGAGCAACAACAAAAGAUAUGCGCCGAGAAACUUUCCGCUGAGACAGGCAUGAAUUUACAAUAUUCGGCCAUGUGCUUAGCAGAGACAGGAUGGAAUUUAGAACAGGCUUACAUUGCUUUCCAAGCCAACAAGGCAAAUUUACCAGCGGAGGCUUAUCAAAAGCCAUAGGUUAGAGGAAGGACGGAAGGGGGGAGGAACGAACGUAGAAAGAGUUCAUCAGCACCGGCGUUUUUUUGGUUUUUUUGUGGAUUAAGAUAAUAAAAGAGAAAUGGGUGGCGAGCAUUUUGCAUGAAAUGGAGGUUAUGGCAGCAUCACCUGGAGUUUUUUUUAAGCUUUUUUUUUGGUCUCGUCAGAAUUGCAACAAGCAAUUCUUAGCGCAAACGGAGUUUGGGAAAUACAUACAUACAGUUAUAAAAACGUAUGUUUAGCGGAAAUAAAGGGGAGGGAUGCAUAUGAAUCAUUACACGCAAAUCAAAUUUUGGACGAUGUGCUCUGUGCUCUGUGUGCUCAGCGUCUUCGGGAAGGAUACGAGGAAUCUGUAGAUAGAAUGGAUGGAUGGAUGGAUGGAUGAACUUGUCCGAAUUAUGAUAAUUGGUACUGUACGGUACCAUAGAUACCAGGUACUCUAUAGCGGAUUGUACAGGGUUUUAAUUCUUGAUUCUUGAAUGACUAUUUGCUUGUUGUUUGUGUGAUUUU